AUGGUCCAUCAAACGCGCACUCCCAGCAAGGCCAUACCGGCCAAGCACCUGAGCCCCAUGCGGCCCGUGGAGGGUUUGGGCGGCAAGUAUGCCGUGUCCAGCAGUCCGGCGGAUAGCUUCCUCCGGAACAAUAAUAACAGGCUGACGGUACAGUCCAGUUCCGGCUACCCACAGUCAACAGCCUUCAAAUACAACCAGAUGGUGGCCAACAAUCGGGAGCAGUUCAAUAACCUGCAUUUCUGCUAGGAAAAUGGUUAAAAAAUCCUGAUUAUUUGUCACAAAAUAUAAAUAAAUUUAAAUGCAAUAAAUACAAGCAAUAAAUAAUGCA